CCCUCGGUGCGCGGGCACAGCAGCCAGACUGCCGGAGAGCAGAUCUCGGGGAUUCGGGUGCGGAGCCCUUGGCCUGGAGGCGAUAUGGGUGGUCCUCAGCCGGGUUCAGUCGCUCGAAACAGCAACAGCCUGGGGAACAGGCCUGUCUGGCCCUGAGGGAGUCCCCUUUCUGAAGCUGUGGUGCUUGGACGACCUGCUCUCUACGUUGCUGGGCACCUGUAGGUGUCCCUUGAGAGCUCAGUUUUGAGGUUCAAGUCAGUGUAGCCAUGAAAGGGCUGCCUGUUGGGCUGGUGCUGUGACCCUGGAGUCUGCCUCUCCUGCCAGCCCCUCUGCCCAGAACAUGUGGCUGCAGCUUGGCUUGCCCUUGGUGUCCCUAAUCCCCAAGCCCACAGUUGGCCGGAGCCUGUGCCUCACCCUGUGGUUCCUCAGCUUGGUGUUGAGGGCCAGUACUCAGGCCCCAGAACCCACAGUUAAUACUCACUUUGGGAAGCUAAGGGGUGCCCGCGUACCAUUGCCCAGUGAGAUCUUGGGGCCUGUGGACCAAUACCUGGGAGUGCCCUAUGCAGCUCCCCCAAUUGGUGAGAAACGUUUUCUGCCCCCUGAACCACCUCCAUCCUGGUCGGGCAUCCGGAACGCCACACACUUUCCCCCAGUGUGCCCCCAGAACAUCCACACAGCUGUGCCCGAAGUCAUGCUGCCCGUCUGGUUCACUGCCAACUUGGAUAUCGUCGCUACUUACAUCCAGGAGCCCAAUGAAGACUGCCUCUACCUGAAUGUCUAUGUGCCCACAGAGGAUGUAAAGCGGAUUUCCAAGGAAUGCACCCGAAAGCCCAACAAGAAAAUAUGUAGGAAAGGAGGAUCCGGCGCUAAGAAACAGGGCGAGGACUUAGCGGAUAAUGACGGGGAUGAAGAUGAAGACAUCCGGGACAGUGGCGCUAAGCCCGUCAUGGUCUACAUCCACGGAGGCUCUUACAUGGAAGGGACAGGCAACAUGAUUGAUGGCAGUGUCCUCGCCAGUUAUGGCAACGUCAUCGUCAUCACCCUCAACUAUCGAGUUGGGGUGCUAGGUUUCCUGAGCACUGGCGAUCAGGCUGCCAAAGGCAACUAUGGGCUUCUUGACCAAAUCCAGGCCCUCCGCUGGGUGAGCGAGAAUAUUGCCUUCUUUGGUGGAGAUCCCCGCCGUAUUACUGUCUUUGGCUCUGGCAUUGGUGCAUCCUGUGUCAGCCUUCUCACACUGUCACAUCACUCUGAGGGGCUUUUCCAGAGAGCCAUCAUCCAAAGUGGUUCUGCUCUGUCCAGCUGGGCUGUCAACUACCAACCAGUGAAGUACACUAGCCUACUGGCAGACAAAGUGGGCUGUAACGUGCUAGACACAGUGGAUAUGGUGGACUGUCUUCGGCAAAAAAGUGCCAAGGAGCUAGUAGAGCAAGACAUCCAGCCAGCCCGCUACCAUGUAGCCUUUGGCCCUGUGAUUGAUGGUGAUGUCAUUCCUGAUGACCCUGAGAUCCUCAUGGAACAGGGCGAGUUCCUCAACUAUGACAUCAUGUUAGGUGUCAACCAGGGUGAAGGUCUCAAGUUUGUGGAAGGGGUAGUGGACCCUGAGGAUGGUGUCUCUGGCACUGACUUUGACUAUUCAGUCUCCAACUUUGUGGACAAUCUGUAUGGCUAUCCUGAGGGUAAAGACACCCUGCGGGAGACCAUCAAAUUCAUGUACACAGACUGGGCAGACCGUGACAACCCCGAGACUCGCCGUAAAACACUGGUGGCACUCUUCACUGAUCACCAGUGGGUGGAACCCUCAGUGGUGACUGCUGAUCUGCAUGCCCGUUAUGGUUCACCUACCUACUUCUAUGCCUUCUACCAUCACUGCCAGAGCCUCAUGAAGCCUGCUUGGUCAGAUGCAGCUCAUGGCGAUGAAGUACCCUACGUUUUUGGGGUCCCUAUGGUAGGUCCCACUGACCUCUUUCCCUGCAACUUCUCCAAGAAUGACAUUAUGCUCAGUGCUGUCGUCAUGACCUACUGGACCAACUUUGCCAAGACUGGGGAUCCCAACAAGCCGGUCCCCCAGGAUACCAAGUUCAUUCACACCAAGGCCAACCGCUUUGAGGAAGUGGCCUGGUCCAAAUACAAUCCCCGAGACCAGCUCUACCUUCACAUCGGGCUGAAACCAAGGGUCCGCGACCAUUACCGGGCCACUAAAGUGGCCUUUUGGAAACACCUGGUGCCCCAUCUAUACAACCUGCAUGACAUGUUCCACUAUACGUCCACAACCACCAAAGUGCCACCCCCGGAUACCACCCACAGCUCCCACAUUACCCGCAGGCCCAAUGGCAAGACCUGGAGCACCAAGCGGCCAGCCAUCUCUCCUGCCUACAGCAACGAGAAUGCCCAAGGGUCCUGGAAUGGGGACCAGGAUGCAGGGCCACUCCUGGUGGAGAACCCUCGUGACUACUCCACUGAAUUAAGUGUUACCAUUGCUGUGGGGGCCUCUCUCCUGUUCCUUAAUGUUCUGGCCUUCGCUGCCCUCUACUACCGUAAGGACAAACGGCGUCAGGAGCCCCUGCGACAGCCUAGCCCUCAGAGAGGUGCUGGGGCCCCUGAAUUGGGAGCUGCUCCUGAGGAGGAGCUGGCAGCAUUACAGCUGGGCCCCACCCAUCAUGAGUGUGAGGCAGGUCCCCCCCAUGAUACACUGCGCCUCACUGCACUGCCUGACUAUACCCUGACCCUGCGGCGCUCCCCUGAUGACAUCCCACUCAUGACCCCAAACACCAUCACUAUGAUUCCCAACUCCCUGGUAGGGCUGCAGACAUUGCACCCCUACAACACCUUUGCCACAGGGUUCAACAGUACUGGGCUGCCCCACUCACACUCCACUACUCGGGUAUAGCUCCAGCUCAGAGCACAGCCUGUCUCUUGGCUCACUCCCUCCCAGAUCCACAAAUACGUGCACACAGAGACACACACACACAGAGUACACGUACAGACAUAUAUGUAUAAGCACGCACCCACACCCUACAGCAGACCAGCCUGCACAAAUAGACAGAUAUGGACAUGCACCUGCAUGUACAAAAAGACAAAUACUGAAAUAAACCUGAGCAAAUGCUUCAAGUGGGGAUGCAAAAGAGUCCUUAGUAAACUGAGGACUUACAGAACAACAUCUGAAGCCAGCUCCCUGAGCCUGACUACAGACACUCCUGGGGGGCCUGAAAGCAACAACUGGACAUCCCCUUGGUGCUCGCCUUCAGCCUCUCUUGGAACUGCACCACCAAUCCACUCCAGAUUUGGGAGCUUUAAGGAGCAGAGUAGCUUUUCCUCCCCUAUACUUGGUCUUUUUCUGGGUCUUGUUUUUGUCGAUUUAAAAAAAAAAAAUGGAACAAAUGCUUCUUCAACCCGUAAGUGCAACAAGGCUCUGGAGGGGAGGGCUCCAGGCCCAGGUCUCUCUGGCUUUGGAACCCCUUGUGUUCACACAAUCGGACCAAGGAGCAGGACCCCCCCAAGAAAGACACAGAUUUGAACAAGACCAUGAGGUGGAAGGAGGAAGAGGCUAACAAUGGAUGGGGUUGAAGGGCCAUAUGAGAGAGCUCUUCAACCAUCUCUGUGUCCCUUUGGAGGGAUGUGCAAACUGCAGGGUGACCUGCUUCCCCCAAAAGCCAGCAGCAUUGGUCUGGCUAGACCAGGGGAUCCUAGAUUUGGUGAAUGAGGUUCUAAGGAGGUCAUGUCAUUAUUGAGCCCCUGUGCUCUGCCUUUACCUUUGGGGUAAUGCUAUCAGAAAUUCACCCCAUUUUCUUUACAGAGUCUCUUUUGUGUCUGUCCUUUCUCUUUCAAAAAGGCGUUUUUUUGUUGUUGUUGUUGGCUUUUUUUUUUUUUAAAGAAAAAUUCUUAAAACACUAACAGAAACCCAUGGAGUUUGUCCUUUGUAAAAAUUUUAAACACAGUGUCUUGAUAUAAAAAUAAAAAAAUCCAGUUAGCACUCCCAA